ACUGGGGGCGCGAGUCAGCUGAUGCGAGAGGGUUUGAAGCUGCACCGCGAGGGAGCGAGGCCGCAGUGACAGCGGCGGGCGUUCGGACCCCGGCUGCCCCGCGGCGCCCGCCAGCGUCCGGUGCUACUCGCUCCGGCAUGGCAGUCCGCGUAGGCUCGCGCGGCUCAGAGACUGAGCGCCUCCUGACACCCAGCCCUGGGUAUGGGACCCAAGCAGGAGCUUCCCCAGCCCCUGAGACCCCUCCAGAAGAGGAAGACCUCCGCCGGCGGCUCAAGUACUUCUUCAUGAGUCCCUGUGACAAAUUUCGGGCCAAGGGCCGCAAGCCCUUCAAGCUCAUGCUGCAAGUGGUGAAGAUCUUGGUGGUCACUGUGCAGCUCAUCCUGUUUGGGCUCAGCAACCAGCUGGCAGUGACCUUCCGGGAGGAGAACACCAUCGCCUUUCGGCACCUCUUCCUGCUGGGCUACUCGGACGGGGCUGAUGACACCUUCGCAGCCUACACACGGGAGCAGCUGUACCAGUCCAUCUUCUAUGCCGUGGACCAGUACCUGCUGCUCCCUGACAUGUCACUGGGCCGGUAUGCCUAUGUGCGGGGCGGGGGUGGCCCCUGGGCCAAUGGCUCGGCCCUGGCCCUCUGCCAGUGCUACUACCACCGAGGCCAUGUGGACCCAGCCAACGACACCUUUGACAUCGACCCCAUGGUCGUCACUGAUUGUAUCCGGGUGGACCCCCCUGAGAGACCCCCUGUGCCCCCCAGUGAUGAUCUUGGCCUCUCGGAUGGCAGCACCAGUUACAAGAACCUCACGCUCAAAUUCCACAAGCUGAUCAACGUCACCAUCCACUUCCAGCUGAAGACCAUUAACCUCCAGAGCCUGAUCAACAAUGAAAUCCCUGACUGCUACACCUUCAGCAUCCUGAUCACAUUUGACAAUAAGGCACACAGUGGGCGUGUCCCCAUCAGCCUGGAGACCCAGGCCCACAUCCAGGAGUGUAAGCACCCCAGCGUCUUCGGCCAUGGAGACAACAGCUUCCGGCUCCUGUUUGAUGUCGUCGUGAUCCUCACCUGCUCCUUCUCCUUCCUGCUGUGUGCCCGCUCGCUGCUCCGAGGCUUCCUGCUGCAGAACGAGUUUGUCAGGUUCAUCAGGCGGAAGCGGGGUCGGGUCGUCAGCCUGUGGGAGCGGCUGGAAUUUGUCAACGGCUGGUACAUCUUGCUGGUCACUAGUGAUGUGCUCACCAUCUCAGGCACCAUCAUGAAGAUUGGCAUUGAAGCUAAGAACCUGGCAAGUUACGAUGUCUGCAGCAUCCUCUUGGGCACCUCGACACUGCUCGUCUGGGUCGGCGUCAUCCGCUACCUGACCUUCUUCCAUAAGUACAAUAUCCUCAUCGCCACACUGCGAGUGGCCCUGCCCAGCGUCAUGCGCUUCUGCUGCUGUGUGGCUGUCAUCUACCUGGGCUAUUGCUUCUGUGGCUGGAUCGUGUUGGGGCCCUACCAUGUGAAGUUCCGCUCGCUGUCCAUGGUGUCCGAGUGCCUGUUUUCACUCAUCAACGGGGACGACAUGUUCGUGACAUUUGCAGCGAUGCAGGCCCAGCAGGGUCGCAGCAGCCUGGUCUGGCUCUUCUCCCAGCUCUACCUGUACUCCUUCAUCAGCCUCUUCAUCUACAUGGUGCUUAGCCUCUUCAUCGCGCUCAUCACUGGGGCCUACGACACCAUCAAGCACCCAGGCGGAACAGGCGCGGAGGAGAGUGAACUCCAGGCCUACAUCGCACAGUGCCAGGACAGCCCCACCUCCGGCAAAUUCCGUCGCGGGAGCGGCUCUGCCUGCAGUCUCCUCUGCUGCUGCGGCCGGUUAGAGACUGGGUUGGCUCGGGUUUGGGAUUGGCUGAGGGAAGGGAAGCGCGCCAGAGGGAACUGAUGCCUUCCGCCUCCGCUGACACUGCCUUUCCUCCAGAGAUGCUUCGGAGGAGCAUUCGCUGCUGGUGAAUUGACUGGGACCAGACUGCAGCUGGACAUUAGCCCCCGCACUGCGGAGACCCAUGCUUAUUUAUUUUUAGCCUUUGCUUUUAAGGAUCGGCACCCGGCUGUGCCCUGUGAGGGCCUGGGACAGUCGGGUCGGACAUUAGAGUGGGACUGGGGUAGGGUGGGUGUUAAAUAAACGGGAAAAUAAA